GAAAAAAUGUCUGCCACCAUGACAAAGAGUUCUAGAUGACAAGAAAAUGUUGAAUUAAAAAUUUAUUUGCUUUAACUUUAGAGCUUCAAGAUGGCGACAAGACUUGAUCGCCUGCUGCUGUUGUUGGAUACUGGUUCUACUCCUGUUAUAAGGAAGGCUGCAGCUACACAGCUUGGUGAAGUACAGAAACUACAUCCACAUGAGCUCCCUAAUCUUCUUGCUAGGGUCCACACAUUCCUUAAAAGUGAUAACUGGGACACUAGGAUAGCUGGUGGACAAGCUAUUGAAGCUAUUGCUAAUAAUGUUCCCAUGUGGGAUCCACCAGGAGUUCAAGUUAAAGCUGAGGCACAGGAUAGUAGUUCAGUCAGCAGUAUGGAAUCAGAGCAGCUUGAGUUUUCAAAGUUUGAUAUCAAAAGAGUCCUUCAACAUGGUGAGCCAUUGGUUGGGUCUUCUGGUGCAGAAUAUGAGUUGCCUGAUGAGGAUCUUGCUGGUCUGGACCCAAAAGAAAAGUUAAUGUAUCAGAAGAAAAUGGUGCGUAAGAGACUGGGGCUUGAUAUAAUACCUGGACUUGAUGUAGGGAUGGACAAGUUGUUUGAGGAUGAGGACUUGCUCGUAAAACCAGAAGAGACAAGACCCCAAAACCUGAAGAAGCAGUCCUCUUUUGAGAGUGCAGCUGAUGCUGUCGCAGCAGAAAUUGCCGCCAUCAGCUCCUCUUCUAAACUGAGUGCUAGAGAAAAAAACAGAGCCAAGAGAAAAGCAAAGCUGUUGGCCAAACAAAGAUCAAAAGAUGCUGGUGAUAAUGCAAUGAAUGAUGAGGAUGAUGCACCAUCAUCAAAGAAAAGAAAGACAGCAAGUGUUCUAGUGGAACAACCUGCCGACUCAGAUAAAAUUGUUGUAGACAAUGUUACUGAUGUUGCUGCCACUUUUGAAGAGUCUGGAGAAUGGCCAUUUGAGGCAUUCAGUGAAGAAUUAUGUCAGGAGCUUUUUCACCAAUCAUGGGAGGUUCGGCAUGGAGCAGCAACUGGUCUGAGAGAAAUUAUCAAGGUGCAUGGAAAAGGUGCAGGAAAGGCUGUAGACACCCUUAGUCAAGAUCUCCAAAACCAGAACAUGAAAUGGAUGGAGAACAUGGCUGUUCAUCUUCUUUGUGUUCUUGCACUGGAUCGUUUUGGAGACUUUGUCUCAGAUGAGGUAGUGGCACCGGUGAGAGAAACUUGUGCACAAACUCUUGGUGUUGUGUUGAAGCACAUGGAUGUAGAGGACUGCAAGAGUGUCAUGACGGCAUUGUUGACACUUCAGGAUCAGAUUGAGUGGGAGGUCAGACAUGGUGGACUGUUAGGAAUCAAAUAUCUGUUAGCUGUAAGACAGGAUUUAACAACAGACCUCAUACCACUGGCAUUGCACCCAAUCAUGUAUGCAUUACAGGAUGAUGAUGAUGACGUCAGGGCCUUAGCUGCCUCAGCUUUACUUCCAGUCAUUGAGGCUGUAGUCAAACUAGCACCUGAUAAAGUGCAAGAGCUUCUGAUGAUAUUAUGGGAUACAUUAAUUGAGCUAGAUGACUUGACAGCCUCCACCAAUAGCAUCAUGUCGUUGCUUGCUGGCAUGCUGGCUUGUCCAUCUGUUAACAUAGAUCUUCUUGGGGCAGCAGGUUCACUUACUGAGCUUGUUCCUCGACUGUGGCCAUUCUUGAGGCAUACCAUUAAAUCUGUACGACUGGCUGCUUUGAGGACACUCAAGACAUUGCUUGUGGGUUCAGCAUCAAAUAAGGAUUCAGGAGUUGAGUGUACGUGGUUGACUCCCAUCAUGCAGGAUGCUUUCAGGCACAUUUUCCAGAGAUUUAUUCUUGAACCUGACCUCAAAAUACUUGAGUUUAAUUAUGAGGUUUGGUGUGAAUUGCUGUGCAAGAGCUCCAAGAACUAUCUUUCAGCCUCAGUGGUUCCAUUCCUUAAUAGCUGGAUAGGUAUCAUGAUGCUGCCUCCGUGUGUUCCUAUAGAAUCUUCCUUACUUCUCCAGGCAUUACACAAGCCCCGUAACAAGCUUGAUAAAAGCCAAGACAAAGGUGCAAGAGGGCGUGGUCAGCUUGUGGCUGAACCUACCUCAGAAAUGAUAGCAGGGGUGCCAAUCAGUAUGGAACAAUCAGAAAGAGAGACUGCUGUGCUGAGAGCUAGAUUGGCUGCUGCUAAAUGCCUAGGGCUGCUUGCAUCAUAUUUGUCCAAGUAUCCUGGAGGGAUGAUGCCGACGCCAUUGGAUUACCUCAUGCAGACAUUGGUUUUCCCUCUGAUGUCUACUUCAGGGACUCAAAGAAUGUGUGCUGCGUUGAUCCUGGAAGAAUGGUCACUUUGUCACCAGGGCUGCCAGUGUCCCCCAAACAUAAUACAACAGCUUAAUACCAUGUUAUCUGAACAAAUUGUAUAUGAUGAGAUUGCAGUGCUUAACACAAGAUUACAGACUGACUGUCAGAGUUUACUGAUUGCUCUGAGAGACAAACAUAUUGAUGCUCCUGCUGGAUCACAACCAGGCUGCUACACUGUAGAUACAGCAACCCAGCUGGCUACAACAUUAUUCACAGAAUUAACCAAGGCCUUGCCAGCAGCUGAAAGGAAGGUUUUAGAAGCAAAGAGGCGGCACUUGAUUGCAACAGUAAGCCAGAUGCAAUGUGAAUACAAUAAACUCCACAUUAGGGUGCAGUGUAGUAUUGCUUGUACUCUUAUUGCACUGAAAGAGCUUCCUUCCAAAUUAAACCCUGUUAUAAGACCAGUGAUGGAUUCAAUCAAGAAAGAAGAACAAACAAUACUUCAGAAAAGAACGGCAGGAAGUCUGGCUUGUCUUCUUCAGCUGAGUAUGCCAAGAGCACCCUGUCCAAACCCAAAGAUCAUUAAAAACAUCUGUUCUUUUGCAUGCUGCGAUCCAUCUGUUACACCAACUGUUAACCUGAUAUUAAGUAUCGAUGCAGAGGAAGCCCCACCCUCGCCGUCUGUGUCGGGGGCUACCCCUUCAUUUAACAACUCUACUGGUUUAAAUGUGAAUGACAAAGGACCUGUUCUUCAUUGUGAUCAGUAUAAUGGUAUUCUUACCUUAGUACAACAACACAAGAACGCUGCAGCUGCUGUGUCAAAGAAAGGAGGGCGUGGCAAGGUAUCCACCUCUACUAUUGACAAUGCUGCUAUGGCAAACACAGAAAGCACUAACCAUGAGGAUAAUGAGUCUUCUAGAGUAUUAUCAACACAAAGACGAGGUGCAGAAUUUGCUCUAAUAAGGUUGGCAAAGCACUUUGGUGAAUCAGUCCCUAGCAGUUUGCCUAAACUGUGGGAAACAAUGGUUCAGCCUCUAGGGACUAUGGUUAGCAACAAAGUAUUAGCUGAUGAGAAAAUCCAUAUAAAUGAAAGUGAUGCUCAAGUUUUGGUGAACUCACUACAAGUUCUAGAACUGCUUACUCCUCACAUUGAGAAAACAUUGUUGAAUAAGAUUGUUGAACUGCUUCCCAACCUCCUGCUGUGCCUGCAGCAUCCAUUUUGUGCAGUGCGUCACAUGAGUGCCAGGUGUGUGGGUGUCCUGAGUACUGCUGCCACCCAGCAAACCUUGAAGACAGUCAUAGAAGAUGUCAUUCCUCUCCUCGCUUCAGGGGAUAGUGUGAUCAAGAGACAAGGCGCUGUGGAAUCUGUCAACCAUGUAAUUGAGCAUAUGGGUAUUAAUAUUGUUCCUUACGUUGUACUUCUGGUUGUUCCGGUAUUGGGAUGUAUGAGUGAUCAGUGUGAAGAUGUUCGUCUCUUAGCAACACACUGUUUUGCUACCUUAAUUCGGCUAAUGCCUCUAGAGGCAGGCAUACCUGACCCACCUCACAUGUCAGCUGCUCUCAUUGAGCAGAAACAGAAAGAGAGAGUCUUCCUUGAGCAGCUUCUUGAUGCUAAGAAACUACAAAGCUACACAAUCCCUGUACCAAUUAAGGCUGAACUGAGGAAAUACCAGCAGGACGGGGUCAACUGGUUAGCCUUCUUAAACAAGUACAAACUACAUGGAAUAUUGUGUGAUGAUAUGGGUUUAGGGAAGACUUUACAGUCAAUAUGUAUUAUGGCAGGGAAUCAUCAUAAUCAACUACAAAAAUUCAAGGAGACAGCUAAUCCAGACUGUAAACCACUCCCCUCUAUCGUCAUAUGCCCUCCAACUUUGACUGGUCACUGGGUGUACGAAGUAGAAAAAUUUGUCACUAAAGAUUAUUUAAAACCUUUACAUUAUACUGGAUCUCCCAUCGAGAGACAGAGAUUGCGCUCUAAAGUCAAGAAUCACAACCUUGUUGUAGCCUCAUACGAUAUCGUCAGGAAUGACAGCGAUUUUUUCAAGUCAAUAAGAUGGAACUAUUGUAUUCUAGAUGAAGGGCAUAUCAUAAAGAAUGGGAAAACAAAGCUUUCUAAAGUCAUUAAACAGCUUCAAGCAAGUCAUAGAUUAAUCCUCAGUGGAACACCCAUACAGAAUAAUGUACUUGAGUUAUGGUCAUUAUUUGACUUCCUSAUGCCUGGAUUCCUGGGAACAGAAAAACAGUUCCAGGCUCGAUAUGGUAAACCGAUUCUACAGAGCAGAGAUGCCAAGUCCUCAUCCAAAGAACAAGAAGCUGGUGCACUUGCGAUGGAAGCUCUACAUCGCCAGGUCUUACCAUUCAUUCUYAGACGUCUGAAAGAAGAUGUACUGCAGGAUCUACCACCAAAAAUUAUCCAAGAUUAUUACUGUGAAUUAAGCCCAAUACAGGUUCAACUAUACGAGGAUUUUGCAAAAUCACAGACAAAGAAAGGACUGAGUGAUUCUUUGUCUCUAGUGGACGGUGGACAAGACAAGGCAAAGAAAGGGUCGACUCACAUAUUUCAGGCUCUCCAGUAUCUACGUAAGGUGUGCAACCAUCCAUUAUUAGUGUUAACGCCACAACAUCCUGAAUACGAAAAGAUUACAGAACAAAUACGGGACUCCAAGACAUCUAUACGGGACAUACACCAUGCUGCUAAACUGGUGGCGUURAAGCAACUUUUACUUGAUUGUGGUAUUGGCAUCAGUACAUCAAGCUUAUCUGGUGACUUGGCGUCAGAACCAGUUGUCUCUCAGCACAGAGUACUGCUCUUYUGUCAGAUGAAGAGUAUGCUGGAUAUAGUGGAAAACGAUCUACUUAAGUGUCACUUGCCCAGUGUGACGUACCUCCGUCUAGACGGCACGACWCCAGCUGGAUCGAGACAAUCUAUUGUGCACAGAUUCAAUGACGAUCCUUCAAUUGAUGUGUUGCUGUUAACGACGCACGUAGGAGGACUGGGGCUUAACCUCACUGGUGCCGACACGGUCAUUUUUGUAGAGCAUGACUGGAACCCAAUGAAGGAYCUACAGGCCAUGGAUAGAGCUCACCGUAUUGGUCAGAAAAAGGUUGUCAGUGUCUAUCGACUGAUCACCAAGGGAACACUAGAGGAGAAAAUUAUGGGUCUUCAGAAAUUCAAACUCACCAUCGCUAACACAGUCAUAUCCCAAGACAACUCGAGYCUGCAGACCAUGGACACUGGCCAGYUGCUUGAUCUAUUUUCAGUCGAGAAACAAGGCAAUGAAACGAAGCACGAAGCUCUACGAGAAUCCGAGAAGAGCAAAGUGUCCCUGAAGUCGAUGCUYGAAGACAUGGGCAAACUGUGGGAUGAAGAUCAAUACGAAGCUGAAUAUAAUUUAGAUAACUUUAUUGAAACGCUAAAAUAGUGAAAUUAUUUGGCUUGGCUAGCUGUUUUGAUAACUUKAGCAUGUGCAGGGUGGGUGGGGUGGUUCUAAAGGCGUGUGAAGCAAGAGCUAUCACAGGGAGCCAAAUUUAGAUUAAACUGCUAGUCAAAAACAAAAUCUGGAAAAAUAUAUCACUUGAACAAAGAUGGCUUUGGGUCUAAGGAAGCGUGCUCAAUAAUAAAAGCAAACAGAAAUUA